GCGGACUACAGAGGUGCUGCCGCUUCUGCUGCUGCCGCCGCCGCCGCCGCUGCUCCUGCUCCUGCUCCUGCUCCUGCUCCUGCUCCUGCUCCUGCGCGGUGUUUCGCAGCCAUAUGACCGAACUGGUUCUCAAACCUUCAGCAACAUAAAAAGGGGAGAGAGAGAGAGAAAAAAAGCAACAGGAACAAACAAUCGUAAGCAGGUGGCGUUGUGCUGCACAGACAAUGGCUCUCUCCUGGAGUCUGCUCCUGGCCUUCCUGCUCGGCACCCUGGCGCUGUCGCACAGUGCGGAGCCCGGGGCUCCUCACGGCAAGAGGAGACAGGCACAGACCUCAGCAGGUGGCAGCAACACCCUACAGCACCCUCUGCAAGGUCUACAGGGCCACAGUUACAGCAGGGACCGUGGAGGGCACGGGGCCCAGGGGGCCCGCGUUGCCAAAGGUGGAGCCGGGCUGCUCGCGCACAGGUCCCUGCACCCCCUGGCCAGGCCUGAGGAUGAUGGGACAGGCCUGGAGGGCUUGAGCCCCGUGAGACUGGAGAUGGGCCCGGGCAGGGACAGAGACAGAGUUCGAAUGAGUGUGAGGAGUCCAUCCGGGUCCCGGGAAAACCAGCUCCUGGGGUCACGCAAGGGGAGAGGGCACGGACACGGGAAUGGGCACGGACACGGACACCACUCGGAGCACAGGAGACAAGGGAGUCGGCGCGACAAGGGACGACACGGUAAAGGGUUUCCUCCGGAGCUUGGGCUGAAGUCUGCCUUGAAGGACAGAGAUCUGUUCGAGGACCCUCCCUCUUCCUCCUCCUCCUCCUCCUCCUCUGCUGCCUCCCCCUCCCUCAGUGUGACCCCGCCCAGUGAACCCCCCUCCCCCAUCGCCGCCGUCUUUGGCUCUGGCUCCUCCAUGGUUACCACGGUGAUGAACGAGCAUCCCCCAACGCUGCCCCCGGCCUCCACCAAACCCCAGAGGUCCGGUCGAGGAAAAGGACAAGGAGAGGUGAUGCCGACGUUGGACAUGGCGCUCUUUGAUUGGACAGACUACGAGGAUAUGAAACCCGUGGACAACUGGCCAACCUCCAGGAAGAAAGACAAGCGGCGGAGUAAGAACCUCAGCAGUGGAAACGCGACCGCCGACGCUGAUGCCAGCGAGCCGUGUGACCACCACCUGGACUGUCUCCCAGGUUCUUGUUGCGACCUGAGACAGCACGAGUGUAAACCUCACAACCGAGGCCUCAACAACAAAUGCUACGAUGACUGCAUGUGUGAGGAAGGGUUUCGUUGUUAUGCUAAAUUCCACCGGAAGCGUCGCGUAACCAGGAGGCGGGGCCGCUGCGUGGUACCAGAGUCGGUCAGCAGCGACCAAGGAGGCUUCAUCACCAUCUGAUGAAAAGGUGGAGGACAAGAUGAAGGAGCCAAAGGGAGGAGGAACAGGAGGGACGACCCCAUGACCACUCUUACAUAGACGACAGCACAGCCAUCACAUGACACUGCUAACAGACCAAGUGCUUUAGAGUGAUGGAUUGCUUUUCUUUUUUUUUCUUUUUUUUUUUCUUUCAAAAUAUACUGCACAGUGUAAAGCGUCCAAAUGCCAAAAUCUGGUCCGUUAAAACGAAACAAAAGGCAGCGAAACUGGAAAUACUGCUGAGUGUUUCCAUUGUGGGACGAGCCCUGCACUCUUAAUCCAGCAAAUCACCAUCUUUAAGCACUUGAUUUGAUUCAGUUAAAAUUCAGACACAUCAGUCGGGAUGUUGGUUUUGUUCACUCCAGCAUCACCACAGGGGCAUACGGUGGGUACAAGAAAACACGGAGGAACUCACUCCGUCCACAUUGACUCAUUUUUAGACAAAUCUGUUUUCACUUGUUUUAAUCGGUAGAAAAGGUUGACUGGGCCGCUGACACGUCACAGAGUGAAACUUGUAAACAUCUCAGAGAUUAAAUCUUACAGCUCACCACAGUAUUGGUUUCAUUUUGAGGAAAAAAAACACAUGACUUUUGUGACUCGUAGAAAAACCCCUUUGUCAAACGCCUCUCACCAUUUCUCAUGCAUUUGAUCGUCUCUGUCUUGCUGAUCCGAGACAAAUAGUGUUUACAAAUCAUUUUUAGCAUUGAAUGAAUGACCAGCGCUUGGAGUCGCAGACUGGUUCUUUCACUUCUUCAGGACCAAUCUCAUCAACUAAGGUGUCGCUCACAGAAACUGUGCUAGAAUGACUUUGAGGUACUUUGUUUUUUGUGUGUGAACUCUGCUACGAUUCGUUUCUCGGCACUCCGCUUAUCUGGCUCUCCAAAAAAAUACUAAACAUAAUUUGUAAAUGCUAUUUGAACCCAUCUGCUUCCCAGUAUUGUAAAUAUGAAUGUGUCUGAAUUGCCAACAGCUUUUUUAAAAAUUGACAACCACUACUCUUCACAUGUACUUAAUGGUAGAACGAUAAACGAAGAUGCUUGUCUGACCUUCAUUAUACAUGUCUUAAUAUAUGUUUUAUUUAUAAUGUACCUAAACAAGUUUGUCUAUAUAUUGUGUUUUUCAGCUUUUUUGGUUUCACGAUUAAACGCUUACGGGAUAAA